AUGCACUCACCUCCUAGAGAACAGCCUGCCAUCAUGCUCUGGAAACUGGUUGAAAAUGUCAAGUAUGAAGAUAUCUAUGAGGACCGGCAUGAUGGAGUGCCCAGCCACAGUUCCAGGCUGUCCCAGCUGGGAUCCGUCUCCCAGGGACCCUACUCCAGCGCUCCUCCGCUCUCCCACACCCCAUCCUCGGAUUUCCAACCGCCUUAUUUCCCACCCCCCUACCAGCCUCUUCCUUACCACCAAAGCCAGGACCCUUACUCCCAUGUCAAUGACCCCUACUCCCUAAACCCCCUGCAUCAACCCCAGCAGCACCCCUGGGGACAGAGGCAGAGGCAAGAGGUGGGAUCAGAAACCGGGUCACUGCUGCCACAGCCUCGGGCCGCCCUGCCCCAGCUCUCGGGACUGGACCCCAGGCGGGACUACCACUCAGUAAGGAGGCCAGACGUCCUCCUGCACUCAGCUCACCAUGGCCUUGACUCCGGCAUGGGGGACAGCCUUUCCCUGCACGGCAUCGGACACCCAGGGAUGGAGGAGGUCCAGUCAGUUGAAGAUGCCAAUAACAGCGGUAUGAACUUAUUGGACCAGUCUGUCAUUAAAAAAGUUCCGGUUCCUCCAAAAUCUGUUACUUCUUUGAUGAUGAAUAAAGAUGGCUUCCUGGGUGGAAUUUCAGUCAAUACCGGAGAGGUGUUUUGCUCUGUACCUGGCCGCUUGUCUUUGCUUAGUUCCACUUCAAAGUAUAAAGUAACUGUGGGAGAAGUUCAAAGACGUCUUUCUCCUCCAGAGUGUCUGAAUGCAUCCCUCCUAGGAGGAGUACUUAGAAGAGCCAAAUCGAAAAACGGGGGGAGAUCUUUGCGAGAAAGGCUAGAAAAAAUCGGUUUGAAUUUACCAGCCGGCAGGCGUAAGGCCGCAAAUGUCACUUUACUCACCUCCCUGGUGGAAGGUGAGGCCGUUCAUUUAGCUCGGGAUUUUGGGUACAUCUGCGAAACGGAGUUCCCAGCCAAAGCUGUUUCUGAGUACCUGAACAGACAGCACACGGACCCCAGCGACCUCCACUCCAGGAAAAACAUGCUGCUUGCUACAAAGCAACUUUGUAAAGAAUUUACAGAUCUCUUGGCCCAGGACAGGACGCCCAUUGGAAACAGCCGGCCCACCCCUAUUUUGGAACCGGGCAUUCAGAGCUGCUUGACUCACUUCAGCCUCAUCACUCAUGGCUUUGGGGCCCCAGCUAUCUGCGCUGCCCUCACGGCCCUUCAGAACUACCUGACUGAAGCUCUCAAAGGCAUGGACAAGAUGUUCUUGAACAACAACACUGCUAACAGGCACACAUCUGGCGAAGGACCAGGUAGUAAAACUGGAGACAAGGAAGAGAAACACAGAAAAUGAGAGAGAGAGGAAAAAAAAA